AUGACAGAGACAGAUCCGCUCAAGACUUUGAGAGAGGCUUUCACUCCGGAUGUCCUAAACUCGGUACACGACUUCUGGUUCUCUCAUCUGUCGGAUCCAAGUCAUACCGUCGUUCCCAGCAUAGAAGACCUGAAUGUCUGGUUUGUGGACAAAAGCGAUGAUUACGACGACGAUUGCCGCAAAAAAUUUGGCUCCAUCCUCGAUCUGAUAGCCUCGCAACAAGCCAGCGCGCAACACAUCCUCACAGCUGCAAAUCCAAACACAACGCUCGAGUGGAUGUCACUGAUUAUCCUCCUCGACCAAAUGCCGCGAAAUUGCUAUCGCGGAAUGGAAGCCGCAAAAGUGACGAGGAUCUUCGACCCUUUGGCUCGUACAAUUGCGCUUAGAGCAAGGGAGCUGGGUAUGCAUCAGGAUCGAGUAGUGCGGUUUCGAUUGGGAUACAGACUUUGGUUCUUCAUGCCUAUGGAACACGCAGAGGAUUUGGAAAUGCAGGAACUCAUGGUCGAGGAGCAGAAACAAAGGUUCAAGGAUAUGGAUUUGUUGAUGAAAGGUGAAUUCGACACAGAAGACGAUGUUGCGAAGUCUUUGCGUACAUGUGUGCUGGAGAGGAAGAAAGACUUUGAGGUCUGCAGAUCAGUACUUCAAAAGGCGGUCGAUGAGCACUACGACGCCAUCAAACGAUUUGGACGAUUUCCUUACAGGAACGUGGCUCUGGGGAGAAGCUCUACCACAGAUGAGCAGGGUUUUCUUGAUGCUAUGAGUCAAAACAUCGGCUAG